ACCGCUCGACCCCAUCUUCUGUCUCUCUCGACUGCAUUUUCGAGUUUGGUCCUUCUUUCUUCUUCUUCCACCCGAAGGUUCCUCGCUCAAACUCCAAAAUGUCCAGCCAAGCCCCCGCUGACGCUGCGGUUCCCGCCGAAUCGGCUGCCGCUCAAACCUUGCCUGACCGCACGCAGGCCCCCGCCGAUGCCGCUGCUGCUCCCCAGGGCGAGGUCUCUAAGAACGCUGCAAAGAAGGCCGCCAAGUUGGCCAAGUUGGCCCAGGAUAAGGCCGACAAGAAGGCUGGAAACGCUGCCAACAAGGGAAUCGGAAAGCAGGAGGCCAAGAAGCCCGCCUCCAAGGCCCCCAAGAAGAAGAUUGACGGUGCCGCUUUGAUCGGUAUCGAUGUCUCCAAGGAGGAGGACUUCCCCGGCUGGUACCAGCAGGUCCUGACAAAGGGUGACAUGCUCGACUACUACGAUGUUUCUGGAUGCUUCAUCCUCAAGCCCGCUUCAUACUCUAUCUGGGAGGAGAUCCAGAACUGGUUCAACGGAUACAUCAAGAAGAUGGGUGUCAAGAACUGCUCCUUCCCUCUCUUUGUCUCUGAGGAUGUCCUGCAGCGGGAGAAGGACCACAUCGAGGGUUUCGCGGCCGAGGUCGCCUGGGUCACCCAUGCUGGUUCCACCCCCUUGGAGAAGAAGAUCGCUAUCCGUCCCACCUCUGAGACCGUCAUGUACCCCUACUACGCCAAGUGGAUCAGAAGUCACCGUGACCUUCCUCUCAAGCUGAACCAGUGGAACUCUGUCGUUCGUUGGGAGUUCAAGCACCCCCAGCCCUUCCUGAGAACCAGAGAGUUCCUGUGGCAGGAGGGUCACACUGCCCACCUGACCCAGGACGCGGCCCAUGAGGAAGUCAUGCAGAUCCUCGACCUCUACGCUCGCAUCUACGAGGAGCUCUUGGCCGUCCCCGUUGUCAAGGGUCAGAAGACCGAGAAGGAGAAGUUCGCCGGUGGUCUCUACACCACCACCGUCGAGGGCUACAUUCCCGCCACUGGCCGUGGUAUUCAGGGUGGUACCUCCCACGGUCUGGGCCAGAACUUCAGUAAGAUGUUCGGCAUCACCGUCGAGGACCCCUCCGCCAAGGGUGACGAGAAGAAGCCCCCCAUCCACGUCUGGCAAAACUCCUGGGGUCUGUCGACCCGUACUCUGGGUGUCAUGGUGAUGAUCCACAGUGACAACCGCGGUCUGGUCCUCCCUCCCCGCGUGGCUGAGAACCAGACUGUCAUCGUCCCCGUCGGUAUCACCGCCAAGACCUCGGACGAGGAGCGCAGCAAGCUCUACGCCGAGAUCGACCGCCUGGUCUCUGUUCUCCAGGACGCCGGCGUUCGCGCCAUCUCCGACCUCCGCGAGGGCUACUCCCCCGGCUGGAAGUUCAACGAGUGGGAGCUGCGCGGUGUGCCCCUGCGCAUCGAGUUCGGUCCCGGUGAGAUGGCCGGCGGCUUCGUCACCGCCGCUCGCCGUGACAUCCCCGGCAAGGAAGGCAAGGCGCCUAUCCAGAUCGCCGAGCUCGCGACCGCCGUCCCCGCUCUCCUCGAGACCAUCCAGAAGGACCUGUACAACCGGGCCGACAACGAGUACCGCUCCCACCGUAAGCUCAUCACCAACUGGGACGACUUCACCCCCGCCCUCAACGACAAGAACGUCUGCAUCAUCCCCCACUGCUUGACCGAGGAGUGCGAGGACCAGAUCAAGGACAUGAGCGCCCGCAAGGCCGAGGAGGACUCCGGCGAGGCCCAGGACGCCCGCGCCCCCAGCAUGGGCGCCAAGUCCCUCUGUAUCCCCUUCGACCAGCCCGAGGGUAUCGUCGCCGGCGAGACCAAGUGCUGCAACCCCAAGUGUACCCGCCCUGCCGAGAAGUGGUGCAUGUUCGGCCGCUCGUACUAAGCGCUUUCCGUCGUCAUACUAUUCAAUAUCACAUCACUUGCAACUAACUUCUUAUCUUACCACUACUUUGUUUCAAAUCUUUUUUCCAUUCUAUGUGCAUAUCCUCAUCUUCUUAUCUUCGUACUAUGACUGUUAUGACUUUGCUUUCCUGCCAUUACAGUUUUUCUUUUGUGUUGUGUGUCUGAAAAAACCUGGGGUUGGUGGGGUUUGUUUGGGAGAGAAGGAAAAGAAAGCGUGUGAUGAGGAGUUUUUCUCUUUUGAAAGAAAGAAUUAAGAGUUUUCUAGAAAUGUCGUGCUUUUGCUUGCAUCAGAUACCUUUUCAAUGGGCAGUGUGCUGUUAUCUGACUUUUUGAGUAGUAGAGUAGAAAAGGCCUUUCUCGUGGUCAAUUGUCGGCGUGAGAAGUAGAAUGGCAGAGAACUUUUGGGCACGGAGUGAUUAUGGUUACUUAUCAACUAUCAUUGACUAAUCU